UACCGUUUUUUACAGCUUGAAUUUUUAAAAUCACAGUAUCCCUGAAGGCAACAGAACUCCGCCUCCUCUGAGCAGCUCCUCACUAGCUGGAGCCAUUUUGAUUUGAGCCGCAUCUCUCCGGAGAGAAAAACUGUCUGGAAAAGCAUUUCCUGCGGAGAAGGGCAGCUAAUGUGGGACCAGGGAGGACAGCCUUGGCCCCAGUGGCCUCUGAGCAGCCAGCAGCAAUGGAUGCAGUCUUUCCAACACCAGCAUGAUCCAGGCCAAGUGGACUGGGCUGCUCUGGCACAGGCCUGGAUAGCACAGAAAGAGUCAACAGGACCACCACCGCCUCCACCCCCACCUCCACCCCACAGCAUCCAGCCCAAUGGGCAGGACAUCCCCGGCCUUGAAAAUGCUCCACCGGCCAAUCAUGGAAACUUUCAAGGUGAACCUCCAUUUGGAAGGAUGUGGCAACCAGAAUGGGGAAUACAUGGUCAGCCCCCUCCCCCUCCCCCUCCUCCCCCUGAGCAGCCCUGGAUCCCUCCAGGUUCAGCGCCGAUGGAUGUUGUGACCCCGAAUGAGGACAGCAGCAGUCAGGACAGCGUGGAGUUCAACUCUGAAGCCCGCCACGGGGUUUAUCCCCAGAACAGCCAUGGGUAUGGGGCACAGCCCGACAGCUACGCCAUGGCCCCCAUGGCCAUGAACCAGUUUGAUUAUCAGCACGGUGCAGCUCCAGCCUUCCCUCCAGCCUCCUCAGGAUUUCACACACCCCCCUACUGGCAGGGUCCUUCUCAGAACAGACGAGAUGCCCGACCGCCCGGGUUUAGAGAGCGACCCCGAUCGCCUAUCCAGCUUCCCGUUAAACCUCCAGAGGCCCCCGUAGCACCUCUAGACGCAGUGAAGCGGCGCACGCUGCCAGCGUGGAUCCGAGAGGGUCUGGAGAAGAUGGACAGGGAGAAGCAGAAGAAGCUGGAGCGGGAGCGAAUGGAAAAAGAGCGAGCGGAGAGGAAAAAGGAGGACAGGAAAGAACAGGAGCCUAACGUGGAAGGAGACGGGCCUCGUCUGCCCCGCAAGAGUAAAUUCGACAGCGAUGAUGAAGGCAACGAUGAACAUGAGAACGAAGAGAAAGUGACUAUCAAGAGAGAGUUUUCCACCCGGAGCCCGUCUCCAGCCGCUGACGACAGCGAACCAGAACUAACGGAUGAGUUAAAGGAAGAGCUGCUGAUGGGCAUGACUAAAACUCUGCUGACAGAGAUCCUCCUGACGGUCACCAAUGAAGAGAUCCUGCAUGUUGCCAGAGACGCCCACAGAAAAGCCACCCGAGCUCCUGCAAAACAGCUGGCACAGUCAAGUGCACUGGCUUCUCUGACUGGUCUCAGCGGGAUUGGUGACUAUGGCUCAGACGAAAGUGAGGAUGAUGAGGCUCGCAGUCCCCGAGGAUCCGACUCCUCCGACACAGACGAUGAAGAGCUGCAUCACCGCAUCCGAGUGAAGCAGGAUGCCUUCCGGCGCAAAGAGCAGGAAAUGCAGGAAAAACAAGCACAAGAGCUGGCCCGUGAGGAGGUGUCGAAGGAGAGAUUAAGCAGAGAAAAGGAGGAAUACAAGGAGGGUCAGUUAGAAAAUGUACAUAAGCAGGAAGUAAACGACAGGGAGCAAGAGUCCUUGGUAGACAGGCGUGGGUCCCGCAGCGACGAAGGGAAGCAUCCAGGCAGAGGGAAGGAGCCGCCGAGGCGAGGCGGCAGCGAAUCCCCGGCCAAUGGACGCAGUAGCAGCUCCCACUCCUCCUCUAGCCGCAGCAGCUCCCACUCCUCCUCUACCUCCUCGUCUUCCUCAGCAUCUUCUCGUAGCUCCUCUCGCUCCUCUUCACCGCAAAGGAAGAGGAGGCGCAGUCGCUCCUCGUCCCGUAAAGCCCGGCGGCGCAGCCGGAGCCAUAGCUCCCACAGGCACCGUAGCGAGAAAGGGAGGGACAGGAGGAGGAGCAGCGCAGAGCGAUCGGGUCGGCACAAGAGGGAGCGCAGCGUCUCCAGGGAACACAGGAGCCGCAGGAGUAGAUCUCGAUCCAGGGAUAGAGGCAGGGGUAAGGGCAGAGACAGCCGCAGUCGCAGCAGAGACAGAGGGAGGGAUAAGGAGAGGAAGAGGAGCCGGGAGCGCAGGGACAGCAGUCACAGCCGGAGCAGUAAACACAAACAAAAGGCCUCCAGCAGAGACAGGGAGAGGAGGAGAGACAGAAGCCGAAGCCAUGAAAAAGAUAAGAAAAAGAAGGAUAAAGACAAGGAUAGAGAGAAAGACGGCGACAGAAAGAAAGAGAAACCUAGAUCUAAAGACAAGGAGAAGGAAAAAGGAAGCUCUGCUACGGAGGAGAACGACAAAGCAAAGAAAAGGAGGGAGAGCGACUCCUUAACAAACUCGCAGAACGACAAGCGCUCCCGGCAAGAUAGCAAAGGCUCCAAAAAGGGCUCCGGCAAGGCUAGCAAGAGGCGCUCAGACUCCGACUCCAGUAGAUCCCCCAGCCCCGAAGUUAGCAAGGAAAAAAAAUCCAAGAAAUCCAAACGUAGCCGGUCAAGGUCGGUGGAAAAACCUCACAAGUCUGGUAAGAAGGCAAGCCGCAAACACAAGUCUAAGUCACGAUCAAGGUCGACAUCCCCGUCGCGUAGAAGCAAACGCUGAGGAGCGCAGCGGACACGCCGAUCUGUGUAUUUAACCACUUAAAAUUCCAUGAGUUGAGCAGGCUUGUCUCAUUAUAGAGGCAGUUGUGUAGGUGAACACCCCCCUCAUUCAUUUCUUUUAUUGUAAAUAUGCUGUGGUUGUUUUUUUUUAAGCGUGACUGAUGAGCAAAACAUUACACAGUUAAAUCAGCUAAAACAUUAACUUGUAUCAUUUUAAAAACAAACUUUUCCCGUCACACUGUUGUAUGAUGUCCAAUAAAGCCGUUUCUUCCUCGUUUUGUCUUAAA